AAAUGAUUACGCUUAAAACACAAUUAAAACAUUUUUAUUAUUUUGGUUUUAACUUUUUAUAAAGAUCCAAGAAAAUGGUGCCGCCAUGGAUCUUUUAUAUAUGUGAAAAGAGAGGAAGCAGUUGCUUAGACGUUUCUGUCAAGCGCCAAACAAGGAGCAUCGAUUUGAUUCUUUGAGAAGAACCCAGAUUUUCUAUAAUUGGAGCAGACGGUUCUUUGUUGGCGGUGACAAACUCUGGCAUUGAAUUCGAGAGGAAAGUGAGAGAGAAAAAGAGCCAUUGAAUUCCAAUAUAAAAGCCCUGGCUUUUAUAAAUGUAAUUGAAGAAGAAGAAGAACCCGAAAAGGUUCAAGAAGUGGAAAGAGAGUGCCUUUUGGGAGAGGAAGGAAAGAGAGAGCCAAACAUGGCGACGGAUAACAGAAAUGAGGUGGAGGAUGAUAAGUUAACUGUUGAGGUCCCUGAAACUGCCCAUCAAAUUAGCACUGAUUCAUGGUUCCAGGCAGGUUUUGUCUUGACCACUGGUAUCAACAGUGUAUUUGUCUUGGGAUAUUCUGGGACCAUCAUGGUCCCUCUUGGCUGGAUAGGAGGUGUAGUCGGUUUACUUUUAGCCACCAUGGUAUCGUUAUAUGCAAAUAUGCUUGUUGCUAAGCUCCAUGAAUUUGGGGGAAAGAGGCAUAUCAGAUACAGAGAUCUUGCAGCACAAAUAUAUGGUAGGAAAGCUUAUUCUAUUACAUGGGCAUUGCAAUAUGUCAAUCUGUUCAUGAUUAACAUAGGAUAUCUCAUUUUGGGUGGUUCUGCUUUAAAGGCUUGUUAUGUCCUUUUCGAGGAUGACCAUACCAUGAAGCUUCCAUACUUUAUUGCCAUAGCUGGAUUUGUGUGUACUUUGUUUGCCAUAGCAACACCUCAUCUGUCAUCUCUAAGAGUAUGGUUAGGAUGUUCAACGGUUCUCAGCCUGAUAUAUAUCAUUGUAGCAUGCGUGCUGGCAGCUAAAGAUGGAACCAAUGCAUCAUCCAGAGAUUAUAGCAUACCAGGGUCAUCAACUAGCAGAAUUUUUACAACCAUAGGAGCAUCUGCAAAUCUUGUGUUUGCAUUCAAUACUGGAAUGCUUCCAGAAAUACAGGCAACAGUGAGGCAGCCCGCUGUGAAGAACAUGCUGAAAGCUUUGUACUUUCAGUUCACUGUGGGAGUUGUACCUAUGUAUGCCGUUACCUUUAUUGGCUACUGGGCUUACGGAUCUUCAACAUCAACUUAUUUGCUUAAUAGCGUAAGCGGCCCGGUCUGGGUCAAGGCAGCCGCUAACAUUUCUGCAUUUCUGCAAUCUGUCAUUGCUUUGCAUAUAUUUGCAAGCCCAACUUACGAAUACUUGGACACAAAGUUCGGGAUCAGAGGAAGUGCCUUGAAACUGAAAAACUUGUCAUUCAGAAUCGGUGCAAGAGGUGGCUACCUCGCUAUCAGUACCCUGGUGUCGGCUCUUUUGCCAUUCCUUGGAGAUUUUGAGAGCCUUACAGGGGCAUUGAGCACGUUCCCUCUAACAUUUAUCCUUGCAAACCACAUGUACCUUGUGGCAAAGCAGGACAAACUGAGUUACUUACAAAAGCUAUGGCAUUGGCUUAAUGUUGCUUUCUUUGGUCUCAUGUCGAUUGCAGCAACUGUUGCAGCUUUAAGGCUCAUAGCUGUGGAUUCCAAAGAAUAUCAUGUAUUUGCUGAUCUGUGAUAAUGUCUACAAAAUCAAACCUAUUUAUCGGCAGUACACUUCUGUUGCAUUCUUUUCCAUUUUCUUUCUCAUUUGCCUAGGUGUGUGUUCAUUGAAAAAAUCAAUGUUUUGUGGGAUUUAGAAUGCAUUAGAGCUAGAUUUAGUAAUUUUUGUAUUCAUAUCGUAUAAAAUAUUAAAAUUUAUGUAUUUGUAUCAUGUUUUACAUAAAAAUUA